GAAACAACCCGUGUCCAGGCUUGCCAACUCAUCAUCAUAUCACUUUCUUCGCCUGGGAAGAAGCCUUCAUUCGUGAGAGCACAACAACACCAGCACACAUUGUUUGCUUCGGUCCUCACUAACCUCUGCUAGACUUUCACCUUACUCCUCGGCUCAGGAGCCCUGCAGAUCUAGUCACCUACAGCCUCCAGCUUUGCGCAGGAACAACCAGAACCGAUUUCUCCUCCAUUCAUUCUCGAGCAUUCCCGACGAAGCUCACAACUUACACCUCUCAUGAUACCUACGCCCUUGGGUUGGUCCGUCAUCAGCAAAAUCGAGCGAAUGAAUAAUCGCUCUGCGCAGGCUGAACCAGUCAUUGACCUCUGAUUAAUUUCAUCACCUGUUCUGCGCAACCUCCUAUCACUUUCGCAGUCAAUCUGUCGACAAAGCUUUCGAUUCCAAGCACUUUGUACUACUUUGGCGGGAGAGCUUCUGCAAGUUUGUGCUCUUUCUGUGGUCCAGUUCUCAACGGAGCCAGUCGGAGUUCUUCAUCUCGCAUGCCAGGAUCUUAUAACCUACCUCAUCCCUAGCCUGAUCUCGGCUGCAAUCCUCGGGGUUUUCUCCACGGAACCAUGUUAAUGGAAAUAAAGAGGCGGCUCAUCAUAGACCAAACAAAUUGCUAAUAUCGUCAUUUCCCGAGAGUGCCUGAGGCAACUCAACGUCCACCAUGGUCAAAGCGGAUGUGAAACGAGACUACUACGCGGACUUGGACUUGCCUUCCACCGCUGACGGAGAGGAGAUAAAGAAGCAGUUCCGAUAUUUGGCAAAACAAUAUCAUCCCGACAGGAACCCUGGUCAUGAGGUGGAGAUGGUCCCAAGAUUUCAAGCGGUCCAAGCUGCACAUGAGAUCUUGAGUGACCCGGUUGAGAAGGCCAGAUACGAUGCUGCUCGUGCGAAGCUGACGGCUCGAAACGCAGCCGCGACCGCCGCAAACUACACCGAUCCCUACGGCUUUUCAAGAUCUACGACUACGAAGGCGGCAGCGACACCACAAUUCCCGUUCCCUCCGCCUCCUAAAGCCGCGUCGCGAGCCUCGCCCCAAUCACAGAAGCAGCAAGCCUCGCGCGGAGCAGAUAAAUUCAAUGCCUUCGCCCGGGGUGCGCCUCAGUCAUGGGACAGAGCAAGAUUUGAUGAUGCCAGAGCAGAAGCAGCCCGUGUCUUCCCAAACAUGCGGACUACACCGUCCCACCAGCAGAUGCCGCCACGAGCAACUCGUCACGCUCCUACGGCACCUAAACCGUCCGCGACCACAGAUAUUCCACAUGCGCCCAAUGUUCCUCCCACAACCUUUCCCGGGUUGUCGAGGACGGCAAGCCCUCGGAAGCAAGGAUAUGCGCCCGGCGGUUUUGGAAUCGACGACCAACAAGUACCACGGUCAGCAUAUUCAUACGUCAGAGGAAAUCGUGGACCCCCGCCAACUUCGUCUCACGCGUAUGCUCAGGACACACACCCCAUGCAGUCACCUCCAGUAUCAAGAGCGAGGCCCGGUGUCAGCCCUCUGCGGCAGACACGUUCUUCCGACUAUGAUAUGAGACACGAAUCCGCAGAUGGCUCCCGACCGUCGUCAAGAUAUGCUGGGGCUGGUGGCGAGAGGACUGAUAUACAUGGCGACGGCAUUCACCGGUCAGCCAGCGUCCGAAACUCUCCAAUCGAUCCUCACUGGGAUGAACGGGGACAUUUCGGCAAACCAGCAUCCCACUUUGAACAUGUUCCUCGACAUCGUAGUGCAAGUCCAGGCUUGAGAAACGCUGGGACACAUGCUGCAUUCUCUUCCGAGUCGUCAUCAAGUGAGGAUGAGGGCCCGAGAAUGGCUGCGAGACCCAAGGCAACGCCACGAAGUCGACCCAAGCCAAAAGUGCCCGCAUUUGCCGACAACCCCGGUCUUACCGGUUCAUUCCCUAGUACUAACUACACUAGAAUUGUGGAUGACAGCAAAUAUCAGUUCCCUGCUCCCGAAGCGACAGAGCCGACUCGCAAAGCAUUUGCCGAUACGCCUUCGUCUGAUGCUGAUGAGCCGAAAACGAGUGAUGGGUAUGGACAUGGUGGACACGAAGAGAACUUAGAUGGUCCCAAGUAUGCACGCUCCCGCACAUUUUCUUACCCAUGGUCUCGGAGUGCGAAGUCUGCACGUAUUACUCCCAGCAGAGGUGUCUCAUUCAAUGGGCUUCCGUCUUGGGCAGUUCCAUCGAGUGUCUUCCCACAGAUGACACCGUCUCGUGAGGAGACACGAGACUACCUAGGUUCUCUACGGCCUCUUCUCCCAAAGCCUGCUUUUCACUCCCGUGGGGAUCAAGCUAACCCAGUUGGUAGUCAUGAGCCGAAGGCUCCCACCAAGUUCUCAGCAGAAGACUGGCAUGACAAGCUGAGUGCUGAUGACAUCUUUCGACCGACAGAUUCUCAGAUGCGAAAGUCGCCCUCCAAGCUGAGCCGCAAUGGAAGCAAACCGACAAGCCGGGGUAGAGGCAUGUCUAGAGGUUUGGAGCAAGAAAGCAGCUCGUCCACUGAUCGCGUAGAAGAGGCGCAAGAUAAGGCAGCCGCAUUCCAAAAGGGGAAGCUGCCUGCAGACUGGGCGUCAAAAGUGAAAACUCCUUCGACUCAAGCUGAAGCACGAUCAGCAAGUGAUCGGACAAGUCAUGGCUCGCACUCGACGGACGAUUCGAGAGAUCGAUACGUGGUUGUGGAAGAGGAUAUCAUGGACGUUGACGAUAGCCCGCCUGUCGAGACGACUCCGAAUGGGAUUCAUCCGACCACUGCAAAGGCUGCACAUCCCACGCCCCGUCGGUCAUCACCAGAUGGAGGAGUGGAUUUGCGAGACUUCACUCAACACGCACCUUUCGUUCCCACUGCUAGCGGACUGAAAGGUCUCGACGACCUCGCAGCACAUUUACCUUUUGAAUCAAAGGCAGAAGAGAAAGUCGACAAGCCUUCAGCGAGACUACGAGCACUCAAUCUACCAAAACCACCGAAGGUGGUUGUACCGCCAGCAGCAGACCGAUUGGAUCAAGCCAACUUUUUGCAGUACGUGGACAAUAUGAAUACCUAUAUGCGCGAUUGGAAUGUUUUCAACGCCAAGAUGAUCGAACAUUUCCGAGGUAGACAAGAUCGGGUAUGUGGGACCAUGUCACAAAGUUGGGUGAGUAUGCUCGGGGAUGGUCCCGAUGCCGAUAAGCUGGAAGAAGAUGUUACACAAAAAGCAGGAUAUGCCGCUUAUAUGCAGUGGUUGAAGGACGAUGCUCAAUGCAGACAGUGGUGGGAUCAUGCUAAUGAGAAGCACCUACAGUGUUUGGAAGAUUUGGGACGUAUCAGAGAGGUCGCUAAGAAGAAACUGCGUCCAGCUUGAUGGCACGUCGGACAGAUGAUGUUAUUUGUACUUGGAUUGCAUCAGCAAGCGUCGGAUUGGACUUGCGUGCCGAGGCGCGGCGACGUUUGAUGGCGGGAUUCCUUUUUCGGACCUGUGUUUGCGAAGGAUCGCUCUACUGGUUGGAUGUUUGACGAGCUCUUGCGAAAUGAACCCCUGGCUAUGAAAUCAUGGGGACAGCGGUCAGAUGCAAAUACCAACCGAACCAGACUAGCCAAACAUCUAUUCUGACAGUUGAUCGCUCGGACCAACUUUUAUCCUGCCAUCGACCCUACACACGGAGAAAUACCCGGGGUAUGAAGAUACUCGACUUCAGUAUAUGUCGGCCAUGACGCAGCGUGCAUGCAGCAGACGACUGUCAUGUCUACGACGUAAAAGACAGGCAUCGAAUUCGCAUUUAAUCGUGAGAAUGCUUCAUCCUUUCACAAGUGAUGCAGCCUGCGCGCACCAACCUUCUCAG